AUGGGGAGGAAAGGGGGAGUACAGCGGCAGCGUAGCGGGUUCAGGGCGAAAGCCCGCAAGCUGGUCGCCCUGUGCGUCGGUGGCGUGCUGCUGCUGUCCGCUGACAGCCAGGCUCUUGCAGGAAAGCUUGAGGAAGGGUCUCUUCGCCGGGAAGUAGUGGGGGGACAAGGGCCCUCUGGUCCCAGCGCCGCCGAACUCUGCAGAGCGACCACGGGGAGUCAUUCGGAAGAGAGAAGCCCGAGUGAAGGCUCUGACCCUAAACGUCUUAGCGUGACGCUGUCCAAGGAGCAUCUCACAACCACGGUGGAGUGUGUUGGAGCACAGACCCAGCCCGUGCCGACAGCCGUGGAGGACGCUUGUGUCGCGACUGCAACCCUGGACUUAUGCGCAACAAGCGGAAAAAAGACUCUUCAGGCGAUCCUCGAGGCGCCCGACAAGAUCGCGUGGACGAAAACAGACACGCCGGUAUCGGGUCAAGGAGAAGGAAGGAUCCUGCGCCUCAAGGAAGCAGACCUUCCCUUUGCGGAUAAACACUUCUUCGUUGGUUGCGAGACGUCAAAUCCUCAAAAAAAGACGUGCAAAAUCGACAUCACUGUGAAGGCCAGAGCAUCCUCCGUUGACAAAAACGUCGUCACAUGCGCCUACGGAGCCGAGAGCAACCCUCGUGCCCUGGAAGCGGAGAUGACAGAAGAGAACAACACACUCACCAUUAAGUGUGGAAAAGAUGGAAAUAUCAAGCCGGCGAACUACCAAGAUCGCUACUGCGAGGACGAGAAGCUCUCGCCGUGUUCCAGGAGCUACAAGGAUAUUUUGCCCAGGUUCGACAGCUCGUGGUGGACAAAGGAGGGAGAGGCACCCGCGGCUGAGACGUUGACGCUGACGAUUCCGAAGGAGGAAUUUCCUGCUGAGGAGCAGAAGAUUUAUGUUGGUUGUGCUCCCAGUUCGGAGGGCGGUGAAGAGAAGGCCCUGAAUGACAAGGAAGAGGAGCCCGAAAAUGUUCGCACGGAUCCCAAGCUGUGCAGAGUGUUAGUGACAGUGAGGGCAGGGAGCGCUGCGACUACUCUCAGAUCAUCUGUUCUUGGGACCGCUGCUGUGUCGAGCGCCACAGUCGUUGCGGGUUUGUUGUUUUACGUUUUCUAA